AUGAGGCAGACGCAGCUCGGGACGCAGCAGGAGCCCCAUGCCUGGGAGCAGGCAGCAGGCAAGCACAGAGGUGGAGCUUAUCUGGGUUUUUGUGUUAGAUAUAAAAGGCUUAGAUGGGUCAGUGCCAACCACAGCGCCCGGGACAUGGAUGAGGAGCGAAUGGAGCGGGGAGCGGUGCCGGCCAUGGGCAGGGCAGCCCCAGUCCUCCUGGCCCUGCUCAGCCUGGCAGCGGCCGUGUGCGAUGCCCAGGACGCCUGCCCAGAGGUGAGAAUAGUGGGACUGGGUGAUGCUGACCGGCUCGCCGUUCUCCAAGGAUGCCCAGGGAUCCCAGGUGCCUCUGGCUCAAAAGGAGAACCAGGUCUCCCAGGAGAAAAAGGAGAAAUGGGAGCCCAGGGACUCCCCGGGAAAGCAGGACCACCUGGUGCAAAAGGGGCAGCUGGAGAACCUGGCUUCCCAGGACUGAAAGCCAGGAACUGCCAAGAGCUGCUGGGCAGAGGGAAGGUCCUGAGCGGCUGGUACACCAUCUACCCCCAAGGUUGCAAUGCCACCACUGUCUUCUGCGACAUGGACACGGACGGCGGAGAGUGGAUUGUAUUCCAGAGGCGCUGGGAUGGGUCAGUGAACUUCUUGCGCGACUGGGACUCGUACAAACGAGGCUUUGGGAACCAGCUGACGGAGUUCUGGCUGGGGAAUGACAACAUCCACUUCCUCACCUCACUGGGACCCUGUGAACUCCGCAUAGACCUGAGAGACUUUGAGAACAACUACUAUUUCGCCAAGUACGCUUCAUUCAGAGUUUUAGGAGAGUCUGAGAAGUACAAACUGGUUCUAGGAGACUUCCUUGGUGGAAAUGCUGGAGACUCCUUGUCGUACCACAAGGACAUGGCAUUUUCAACAACAGACCAGGACAACGACAUGAGCUCCUUUAACUGUGCUGCAGAAUACAAGGGAGCGUGGUGGUACAACGACUGCCAUUACUCCAACCUGAAUGGGAUGUACUGGCUGGGCGCUCACGAGAGCUAUGCUGAUGGCAUAAACUGGAAGACGGGCAAAGACUACCACUACUCCCAUAAGCGAACGGAAAUGAAAUUCAGGCCAGUUUAACACAGCAGGAGGGUGUCUAACUAGCACCAACAAGUACCACUCAACAGCCAAGAGAAGACACAAAACAUAAUGUUGAUUGAG